AUGAGGAACCUUUUCAAGGCCAUGGCGACCUUCAUGAAGAAAUUUAAGAGGAAGCGCAGACUUUCGACCGAGCUACACUCUCGUUGGGGCGAUGUCUCGAUCAGUUAUCCUACACAAGGGUCGUGGAACCAGUGGAAUCAACCGGCUGGCUUUGUCACCAAUGCAUCAAAAGCUUCACCAAACCUUCGUCGUGAUGAUGAUGAACAACGAUAUACUCCCACAGGCUCCAUUCGACAACAGAGCCCUAGCUCUCUGGGUAGGCGAUCUCGAAGCGCAGGCCCGCGAGAGAAUCCAGUGGGAUCCCAACUACCCUUUCCCACAGGGCAUUUCGAUGAAAACAUCCGACGUCGCGCGGGAGACAGAGAGAACCGCCCAUUGCCCAACCAAGGACUAGGAAUUGGCGAUCUUCGAAAUGGACCCGGAGGACACUUACCAGCUCGUCGCGCAUCCAGUUCCCGCAGCGACGAAAGCACCGUCGAUGAUUCCUGCGACGAGGAUGAGGAACGCGAUACGCUAGGUGUUCCACGAGCGCGACUAAGUCCCCGGGAUCUUCGAGACUACGACAGCGAUAUGUCAGCCCCGCGCGACACCAUCGACUAUGAUAUCGCCGCCAAAUCUCCGCCUCUUUCUGUUACUUCGCGCAUGCGCCGUUGCAGCUUCCAGAGCUGCGCCACGGACCCGAUGACCUCUGCGUCUGGCGCGCCUAGCUCCAGACGAACAAGUUAUACUGCCGCUUCCUCUAUCUCUGCUCCGUCUAUGCCACCUUCUACCCCUCGUGUUGCAUCUAAUGUUGCGAACUAUACGCCCUUCCCGGAGAAAAGACAUGCUCCCCGGGUUAAGCAGGAACCUGAGACUGCACUUCGGCAGGAAAUGGUUCCUUCUUAUGAUGAAUUAUAUGGUUGA